GCAAGAGCUCAUGUACGGCAAACUAUCUUUAUUGGACAUGAUAUAAAACGGCGAAACCCCACCAGAAACGCCCAGAAGGUCGACAAGACGAAUUUCCUCGACUUCCGACGGCUCCGUGUUCACAAUGAAGUAUACAGCGCUGGUGGCAGCGUUUGUGGCACUUGCAGUCACGUGCGUGGCUGGUCGUAGCGUCCCGCGGGACGUCCCCGACUGCCCGCCUCCACAGCCAGGCGUGUCGCUCAACAUCACGUUCUACCCCAACGACGAGGACUGCAACAAGUACUGGGAGUGCGACAACGGGAACCUCUACAACGGCACCUGCCCCGAGGGCCUCGUAUGGAACCCUAACGUCGACUCCUGCGACUUCCCUUUCAAUUACAACUGCACCAGCGGCAAGGAGGCUGCGACCGGUUCCCAGCAGGCAGAAGACGCGGUGAGCGCCGAGUCCGCCGGCGUCACCUGCCCGGCGCCGAACGCCGACGGCAGCCACAGCGUCGCCUUCAUCCCACACGAGGACGACUGCGACAAGUACUGGAGGUGCGACAACGGUUUGUUGUUCGCAGAGGAGUGCCCGGAGGGCCAGGUGUGGGUGGACAAGAUGAAGACCUGUGACUGGGAGCUCAUGUAUCCCUGUGAGAAAAUUCCCAAAUCUGAGCGCUGGUGGUCCUGGGUAGCUGUCAAGAGGCGUACGAUCCGGAUACCUGAACCUGUCAAGAAGUUAGCCGAACUCAAACGCAGUCACGCGCCAGCCUCGUAAUCUUAGGCUGUUUAAACGAACAACAGUCUCCAGCUUAUAAACUGGCGCUAUAUUUUUGUUGCUUAAUAUAUAAUUUUUCU